ACCUAUAUACCCACAUCCAAUCCCACAACCCCUACCUCACCCCACCCACCUCCACACUUCCACCACUUAUACCUCUCCCUAUUUCCCCCCCCCUGCCUAUUUUCUCACCCCACACUUUUUCAUUUUUGUCGUAGGAAAUGAGCGCACCCAAAAUUACUUUGACCCGUCGCCGGAGACGCGGGCGGACCCAAGGCGCGACGGGACGGCCCGGGUCAACACGCAAGAUGAGCCGGAAUUAACAAUGUUGAGCGUUGAUGAAUAUCAGCUGUAUCAGAGAAUGGCAGAACUCCUGGAAGAGGAGGACGGGUUCAUAGACCUGCCGGGUACGCUGUUAGCCCCCAGGGAUGAGGAGGACUCUAGGGUGAAGCCGGGUGGUGCAUGGCAUCAGCCCCACAGGGGAGCUCGAGCCGGGGGCCAGGGGCCCUCGCUGAGACACUCUACUGCCCAGAACGAGGCCGGGGCCCUGGCCUGGGUCGGGACCGGGCCUGGGGAUGGAGCUACUGAACUCGGAACAGACGGGACACUCCUGCCCAGAGAGAGCGCCGUCAAAUCGGGGCCUGCUCCGAUGCUGAUCCCCUGCUACGCCCAGCAGCUGCGGGAGCGCGUGCUGCCUGACAUGAUCACGCUUGGCAGCCUUUCACUGCAGCAGAAGCCGCCGGCAGAAGGCCUGCUGAAGAAGCGUAAGCGUGCGAACAGAAAGGAGAAAAUAACGUCUUUCUUCGGAAGGGGAGUAAAGGAACCAUAUACGCAGAGAGACGCCACACGAAAGGCUCAAGGACAGAGUAACGACGCAGCAGCUUUCCAGUGCAGGACCAUUGAAAACCAAUCACAGAGAGUGCUCGGGGAAGGCCAAGAGGAAGUGAUGGUCAAAUACAAACAGAUGACAGAAAUCCCAGAAUCCUCCUGUCCUCCUCCCCUAUGGCAGGAGGAACCGCACCAGCCCAUCGACGUGCGGGUUCGAUGCCUGAGGGCCGUCCGGGACAAACUGCCCAGGGGCCUCUACACGGUCAGCCUAAGCCUCCAUGCUCGUCUUGGGGGCCCGGCCCUCACCCAGCCAGGGGCCGACUCGGACCGCGCGGCCGAAAACACCACAGAGCCGGCAGAGCAUGGGGGCCGCUACUACGACACGGCGCUGCACUUCAACCAGAGCACGCGCAUGGAUUUGCCGUGCAACGUGGUGCCGUCCGCAGUGCUGCUGUUCCGGCUGGUGGCCCUGCCGUCGGGGGCCCUCAGCCAGGGGAGCUCCGUGGUGGCGUGGGGGGCCUUCCCCGUGUGUGGGGCCAGUCUCAGCCCGCUGCAGGGCAGGUUCAAAACACCGCUUCUGAGGGGUCAGCCCCGCCCACAGCUGGACCAGUUCAGGAAGAUCGAGGCCCUAAUGUGUUCGGAUCUGGAUCACUGGCUCUGUAACCUGUAUUUCCAGGUGACGAGGCUGCCCUGCUCCACCUCUCCCUCCGCAGUCAGGCCCCCCCCUGCCCCUCCUCCACCACCUCCCCCCAUCCCCACACCCCCAGCCCCGCGACCCCACCCGCCCGGCCCGACCCAAGCACCCCCGCACCCCCGACGGUCCCGACCCCCGGCCGGCCCGCAGCCCUACCCUCCCCCGCCCCAGCACCCCCUGCACCCCGGGGCGUCGUCUCGGCCCGCGUGUCCCGGCGGCAAGCCGUGGGAGGCCACCUCCUCCGCCCUGGAGCAGCAGCAGCAGCAGCAGGAGCAGCCCUCCCCCCGGGGGUCCCCUCUCCACCUGUCGGCGGACUCGGCCUGCUCCUCCUCGUCCCUGCCAGAGAAGACUCUGUCCGCCGGGGAGAAGAAGGAUCCAGGAGGGGAGAGAGGCCAAGCUGGGAUCCACCACGCGAAGCAGCCAAUGAGGAUGAGGACUCAUAGCUGUGGGCCCAGUCUGAGCGGGAGUGGCGGCGGCGGCGAGGAGGGCGGGGAAGGCGGCCCGGCCCGACGCCACGCGGGCGCUCGCCGGCAGCAGCCUGCGACGGAGCUGCUCUCCACGGAGGAGCUGGAGGAGUUCACCGCCGCCCUACAUAACGGACCGAUACCGGGCGGCCCGCGCGACCCCCGCCUGUCGGAUCGAACCCGGCUGGCUCUGCGCAUGUUGCCGUCCGAGCUGGGCCUGCCGUUGCCGUGGCGACGACGCCGGGGCGGCAGAGUGCAUUGUUCCGCUCGGCGGCUCGGCCUCAUUAUACCGCUGCUGGCUUUGAUGUGGUUCGCGAGGCUCUACCUGCAUUACUGCAGCCAGUGGCUCUUCCUCCAGGCAAUGGCAGUUCCUGUCAACAAGUUCGAGUUCCACGCACACACGGUGGACCUGGUCUACCAGAACUCCCUGCUGCACACCCGCGAGGAGCUGGCCCUGGUGGUGGCGGGGCCCCUGACCUUGAACGCCGUCACGUUCCUGCUGGUUCUGAUCAGACGGGGCUGUCAACAGAUAUUUGGCUCACUCCCUUCCUUCACGUCAGACUUUAUCAUGGCUCAGGGAGUGUGGACAGUCCUGGACCCCGGGGCUGUGUUGGCGGUGGACGCCGUCCUGGGGCGUCUCGCCUACAGCCCUGACAGGCCCGUGGGGGACGCGGCAAAGCUCUACUGGCACUUCCUGCGAAAUAGCCAAUCAGGCGCCGCCGGCGUGGUCAUCACCCUGUUCCUCUACGCUGUCCUUCUGCUGCUCUCGGUCACCAUCCUGUUCAUUUACCUGCUCAGAUUCCACAACGAUGGCCGUAUGCUGGACACCUUUCAGCGCCUCAGUGCCAGGGAGGGAGACUACUUCCUGCCUCGGGACCUGGAGCUGUCCAAUCAGGAGCUGAGCCACAUUGUCAAGAAAGCGGAGCAGUGGCGAGGAUUCAACGGCGAGAGGCGUAAAGUAGCGGUCAGCGACUACAUCUGGGCAGGAAAGGAAGAGGAAGAGAGCCCCGCGUCCGUGCCCGUCUCCGGCGACACCGCCUCAGCCUGGAUUGGUGGUGGUGGUGGUGGUGGUGUUGGCGGUCACGGUGGUGGUCGUGUCCCUAACGCAGCAGGUGGCGAGCUCAGCACCCACGUGUCCAUCUACACCCUGUACCUGAGCGGCCUCCGUCAGCGGUACCGUCACUUCCUGCGGCAGGCGGACGGCAGCAUCGUAGAGGUGAUUGGUGAUAUAGAGGGCGCUGAUACCAGAUGCAACAUGGGGCCACAACUCACUAACCUGGGCUUCCAUUGUCAAAAGGACGAAGAAGAAGGCUCAAGCAUCCACCAACACGUUCAGAAGAGGAGGAAGCCAUUUUGGAGAUCCCACCGUGUUGAGCCAAUAGGAGAGAGUGGGUGUGGCUUUAAUUUGGAACUCCAAGAGCUGAGCCGAUGAUGUUAAUACAUUGUUAGCAGGAGCAGGUGUUGUCUAUAUAUAUCUAUUUAUUUAUUUAUUUAGUCAUAUUUAUAUGGCAUCCUCAAUCUCUAUGUACAAACAUAUGGCAUAGUAAACCACUUGACAUUUAUUUUCCUUAGGAGGGUUGUUGAUAACAAUACAAUACCCAGUGCAAAUUAAAGCCUUCUAUCUACA